AUGACCACCCUCGACAGCCUCCCCGCGCGCCUCGCCCGCUGGGAAGAGCGCCUGCGCUCCCUCACCACGCCGUCGCUGCCAACAGACUACGUGCGCCCGGACCCGCCGCGCAUCGUCGAGGCCGUGCACUCUGUGGCGGUGCCCGAGGGCGUGCGGCUGGCGCUGCUGCAGCUGGGCAUCCUCGACGGCAGCAACCCCGUGCCGCCGUUCACGGUGCUGCUGGCGGCGUUUGCGGCGCUCGCGGCGCGGCUGACGGGCGAUGAGGAUAUUGCGCUCGGCACCAGCGCGGAGGGCGGGGAGCCGUUUGUGCUCAGGGUUGUGGUGGCGGCGGGGACGACGUUUGUGGGGUUGUUGGGGGAGGUGAAGAAGCUCGAGACCCAAGGCGCCGCCGACUCAGUCCCCUUCUCCGCCCUCACCGCGCACAUCCAACAGGCCACAAAGUCCGCCGCCCCGCCGUGCCUCUUCCACCUCUCGCUCUACCACGCGCCCGACGCGCCCAGCCAGCAGUUCCUGUCCACCCACGCCAGCACCACGGACCUGUCCAUCUUCGUCGAGCUUUCCUCCGCCCCCGCCUCCUCGCUCCGCCGCGCCCCGCAGGUGCCAGAAAUCACCCUCAGCGCCCACUACAACCAGCUCAUGUUCUCCACCAAGCGCGUCUCGUUCCUGCUCGAGCAGCUGCUGCAGAUUGUGCAAGUCGGCGCCCGCAACCCGGACAUCCCCGUGUCUAGCAUCCCCCUGCAGACGCCGGAGCAGGAGGCCAUCCUCCCGGACCCGCGCAAGGACCUGAAUUGGGGCACCUUCCGCGGCGCCAUCCACGACAUCUUCAGCGCGAAUGCAAAGAAGCACCCGGAGCGCGAGUGCGUCGUCGAGACGGGCGACGCCAGCGACGGCAGCAACACGAGGGUCUUCACGUACAGACACAUUGACGAGGCGUCAAACAUCCUGGCGCACCACUUUGUGGCCAAGGGCGUCAAGCGCGGGGACGUGGUCAUGGUGUAUGCGCACCGCGGCGUCGACCUCGUCGUUGCCGUCAUGGGCGUGUUGAAGGCAGGAGCGACGUUCUCCGUCAUCGACCCUGCGUAUCCGCCGGCGCGGCAGAACAUCUAUCUGCAGGUUGCGCAGCCGCGCGCGCUGGUGGUGAUCAAGAAGGCCGGGGCGCUGAGUGAGUUGGUGCGCGAGUAUCUAUCGAAUGAGCUGCACAUCCUCACUGAGGUGCCAGCGCUGGCGAUCCAAGCCGACGGCACGCUUGUGGGCGGUGAGGUGGGCGGCAAGGACGUCCUGUCGGCGCAGGUACCGCUGAGGGAGAAUGGGACCGGCGUUAUCGUGGGCCCGGACUCGACGCCGACUCUCUCAUUCACCUCUGGCUCCGAGGGGAUCCCGAAGGGUGUCCGAGGCCGGCACUUCUCGCUCACAUACUACUUCCCGUGGAUGGCCGAGACGUUCGGGCUCUCCGCCACCGACCGCUUCACCAUGCUCUCGGGCAUCGCCCACGACCCCAUCCAGCGCGACAUCUUCACGCCGCUCUUCCUCGGCGCGCGCCUCCUCGUCCCCACCGCCGACGACAUCGGCACUCCGGGGCGCCUCGCCGAAUGGAUGGCCGACCACGGCGCCACCAUCACGCAUCUGACACCAGCAAUGGGACAGCUGCUCUCCGCACAGGCGACCCGCGCCAUCCCGUCGCUGCACCACGCCUUCUUCGUCGGCGACGUGCUGACGAAGCGCGACUGCCUGCGCCUGCAGUCGCUCGCAAGAAACGUCGCGGUGGUGAAUAUGUAUGGCACGACGGAGACGCAGCGCGCGGUGAGCUACUUUGAGGUGCCGUCGCUCACGGCGGACCCGACGUUCUCGCAUAGUCUAAAGGACGUGGUGCCGGCGGGGCGCGGCAUGCUCGAUGUGCAGCUGCUUGUUGUGAACCGGCAUGACCGCACGCAGAUCUGUGGCGUCGGCGAGAUUGGUGAGAUCUAUGUGCGUGCGGGGGGGCUGGCGGAGGGGUAUCUGAAGCUGCCGGACAUGACGGCGACAAAGUUUAUCAAGAACUGGUAUCUGGAGGACGACCACUGGGCUGCGCAGGCUGCGCAGGCUGCGGGGAGUGACAGCGGAGAGGAGACGUGGAGAGAGUUCUACCAGGGCCCCAGAGACAGAAUGUACAGAACCGGCGACCUGGGCCGCUACCUCCCCGACGGCAACGUCGAGUGCUCCGGCCGCGCAGACGACCAAGUCAAGAUCCGCGGCUUCCGCAUCGAGCUCGGCGAGAUCGACACCCACCUCUCCCAACACCCGCUCGUGCGCGAGAACGUGACCCUCGUGCGCCGCGACAAGGACGAAGAGCCCACCCUCGUCUCGUACAUCGUCCCGCUGCAGUCACAGUCGCUCGAGUCCCUCCUCUCCGCCGACAACAACGACGACGCCGACGGAGACGACGACGAGAUUGUCCGCGGCCUGCGCAAAUACAGAAGCCUCAUCCGCGACAUCAAGACCCACCUCAAGGGCCGCCUACCAGCCUACGCCGUCCCCACCGUCGUCGUCCCCCUCUCCCGCCUGCCGCUCAACCCCAACGGCAAGAUCGACAAGCCAGCCCUGCCCUUCCCAGACACUGCGCAGCUCGCUGCCGCCGCCGCGCGGCGGGGGGGCGCGGCGGAGGCGGCAGAGACGGCGCUGACGGAGACGCAGCGGGAGCUGCGCGUCAUCUGGCAGGGGCUGCUGCCGCACGCGGCGGAGGCGAUUGCGCCGGCGUCGAACUUUUUCGAUGUGGGUGGCCACUCGAUCCUGGCGACAAAGAUGAUCUUUGAGGUGCGCAAGAGGUUUGUGUGUGAGGUGGGCUUGGGGGCGGUGUUUAGCUUUCCGACGUUGGGGGCGCUGGCGGGUGAGAUUGAGCGGUUGAAGGGGCAUGGGGAGUUGGCGAUCCAGUCGCUUGCGACGGGCGGCGGUGAGGAUGAGAAGGCGGGGGAGAAAGAGGAGGAGGGGGAGAAGGGCGGGGAGACGGAGUAUGUGCGUGAUGCCCGCGAGUUGGCGGGGGCGCUGCCGGAGAGGUUUGAGACGCUGGGACACCCGGAGAGGGCGGCGACGGUGCUGUUGACGGGUGCGACGGGGUUUCUGGGGGUGUAUCUGUUGCGGGACUUGCUGAGUCGGCGCAAUCCGGAGGUCAAGAAGGUCUUUUUGCAUGUGCGUGCGGCGGAUAAGAGCAAGGCGCUGGAGAGGGUCAGGGCGAGCGCACAGGCGUAUGGCGUGUGGGAUGAGGCGUGGGUGCCGCGUGUGGAGUGUGUUGUGGGCGAGCUGGGGAGCCCGAAGUUGGGUGUGUCGGAGGAGGAGUGGGGCGUGUUGGUGGAGGAGGUGGAUGUGGUUGUGCAUAACGGUGCUCAGGUCCACUGGGUCUACCCCUACUCCAAGCUGCGCCCGGCGAACGUCACGGGCACAGUCGACGCGCUGUUGCUGUGCGCGUCGGGCAAGGCGAAGAGCUUUUUGUUUGUGUCGUCGACGUCGGUGCUGGACUGUGACCACUACGUGCUGCUGUCGGACGCCAUCAUGGAGAAGGGUGGGGCGGGAGUGCCAGAGAGCGAUGAUCUUGAAGGGUCCGCCGGCGAUCUGGGAACGGGGUAUGGGCAGAGUAAGUGGGCGGGUGAGUAUCUGGUCCGCGAGGCGGGGAGGAGGGGACUCAGUGGGUGUGUGGUGAGGCCCGGGUAUGUUGUGGGGGAUUCAAAGACGGGAGUAACAAACACCGACGACUUCCUCAUCCGCAUGCUCAAAGGCUGCGCGCAACUCGGGCAAAUGCCCAACAUCCACAACACCGUCAACAUGGUCCCCGUCGACCACGUCGCACGCGUCGUCAUCGCCUGCGCCUUCCACCCGCCCUCCUCCUCCACCCCGCUCCCCGUCGCGCACGUGACCUCCCACCCACGCCUGCGCUUCAACGAGUUCCUCGGCACCCUCGCCACCUACGGGUACGCCGUCGCGACGGCGGACUAUGUCCCCUGGCGCGUGGCGCUCGAGGCGUGGGUCGUGGGCGGGAGCGCGGAUAAUGCGCUGUUCCCGCUGCUGCACUUUGUGCUGGAUAAUCUGCCGAAUACGACGAAGGCGCCGGAGCUGGAUGAUGCGAAUGCGGUGAGCGCGCUGCGGGAGGAUGCGGCGUGGACGGGCGAGGAUCGGAGUGGCGGGAUGGGGGUCAGUGUGGAGUUGAUGGGCGUGUAUUUGGCGUAUCUUGUUGCGUUGGGAUUCUUGCCGGCGCCGGGUGGGAGGGGGCAGAGGGCGCUGCCGGAGGUGGUGUUGAGUGAGGUCCAGAAGAAGAGUCUGGGGACCGUCGGUGGACGGGGUGCUAUGGUCUAG